AUGGUUUAUAGAGGUGAGGAUUUGGAGAAUCUCGAGGAUGAACAACUCCAAAGAACGAAAAGGACCAAAAAUGAUAUCUUCCUCAGAAAUGCAGCACUAUGGACAUUAUUUCUUUGGGGCUUGGUAGUUUUUUUGAAGACGCUAGGUUUCAUGAUUCAUGAAGGUGACAUUAACACUGCCAAUUGGCACUGGCCGUUACCAUCACUCAAGCCACAGCUGAAUAAAAUUUCCUUCGAAAAUGUGCGAAAUUCGACUUUCACCCCCAAACUGCACUCUGUUCAAUGGAUAGGCGGUUUCAAUUCUUCUGAUCACGACAAAGGGUUAUUUCUGAGAGAGGAGGUUGAUUCCUACGUUGUAAAAUCGGUCUUUGAUGAAAAGUAUUCUCGCGUGCUCCUAAGCGAUAAGACUUUUGAUUACGAGGGCCACAAUUACAGCGUGGAAUUUAUUAAAGCAUCUCCGGAUCUAAAACAGAUUUUAGUGAGGUCAAACACGACUAAAAAUUGGAGGCACUCCACCUUUGGCACGUACUUCCUGUUUGACGUAACUGAAAACGCUUUUCGCAUUUUAGGCCACAAUAUCGCGAAAGCUCAAUGGUCUCCCAAUUCAAUAGACGUGGCAUAUGUUCAUGCGAACGACUUGUAUCUUUAUUCCUCUAAAACCCACACUGUUAGCAAGAGGGUUACAGAUGACGGAAGUCCCCAGGUUUUUAAUGGGAAACCCGAUUGGGUUUACGAAGAAGAAGUUUUUGAAGGCGACUCGGCCAUGUGGUGGUCGCCUUCGGGUGACUUCAUAGCUUUUCUGAAGAUUAAUGAAACGCAAGUACACGAAUUUCCUAUUCCUUACUUCUCUCAACAGGAGGAAGAUAUUUAUCCAGAGGUGCGCAAGAUCAAGUACCCUAAAAGUGGGAGUCCCAAUCCUUCUGUGCAGCUGAUGAUUUACAAUCUUGAGCUGCAAGAAAUUUCAGGUAUCAAUGCGGGCAAUGAAUCCACAUUGAUUACGGAGGUUUUGUGGGUAGGUGACUCUCAGGUACUCGCUAAAACAACAGAUCGUAGCUCUGACGUGUUAUCCGUUGUAAUAGCAGACGCGAAGAGGCAGGGGGCCCACCAAAUACCUCGGACAGAGUCAUCAGGAGACGGGUGGUGGGAAAUCACUCACAAUACAAUGUAUGUGUCUCAAGAUUCUUCUAAAGGCAGAAAACAAGAUGGAUAUGUGGAUUUGGUACCCUUAAAUGGAUAUAAUCACCUCGCUUACUUUUCCCCAGCUGACACCACAAAACCUAUAAUGUUGACAGAUGGUGACUGGGAGGUUGUAAAUGGACCUACUGCUAUUGAUUUUGAGACCAAUGAUGUUUACUUUAUUGGGACCAAAAAGUCUUCGAUGGAGAGACAUAUCUAUAGCGUCAACUUACACGAGCCUCUGAAGGUGAAGGAAAUAACUGAUACGACAGAGGAAGGAUACUUCUCUGUUUCUUUUUCAUCAGGAUGCAGGUUCGCUUUGGUUUCACACCUAGGUCCUGAAGUGCCUUAUCAGAAAAUUAUAGACUUGAAGUCAGAUCAACACGAUACGUCGACAAACGGUAAUGUGAUCGGAAAGACUUUAUUUUAUUUAGAAGAGAACAAAGUGUUGAAAGCAAGGCUUGAGGACUACUCCAUCCCCCAGAAGACUUUUAGCGAGCUCCGCCUUGGUGAAGAUGAAAAUGGCGAAGAUAUUGUGGCAAACUCAUUUGAGAUUUUGCCGAAUAACUUCAACCCAAAGUUGAAAAAUCACUACCCAGUGUUCUUCUAUGCAUAUGGUGGACCAAAUUCUCAACAGGUCGCCGAAAUUUUUUCGAUUGGUUUCAAUCAGGUAGUGGCUUCACAGCUAAAUGCGAUUGUUGUCGUUGUAGAUGGUCGCGGCACAGGGUUUAAAGGAAAAAGAUUCCGUGCACUCGUACGCAAUAACCUGGGUGAUGUAGAAGCCCAAGAUCAAAUUUUAGCAGCGAAGUUGUACGCUGAAAAACCUUACGUUGAUGCUAACAAAAUAUCUUUGUUUGGUUGGUCAUAUGGGGGCUACCUAACACUUAAGACUCUUGAGAAAGACGCUGGUCGUACUUUCAAGUAUGGCAUGUCGGUGGCGCCCGUAACAGAUUGGCGCUUGUAUGACUCCGUUUACACGGAAAGAUAUAUGCAUACGCCCCAGCAGAAUAGAGACGGAUACGCAAGAUCCAAAGUUCACAACGCGACGGCUUUAGGAGAGGCCACCAGAUUUUUACUAAUGCACGGGUCUGGGGACGACAAUGUACAUUUCCAAAACUCUCUUCGCUUCUUAGAUUUACUGGAUUUGGCAGGCGUGGAGAAUUACGACAUGCAUGUGUUCCCGGAUUCCGAUCACAGUAUUCGGUAUCACAAUGCUAACAAUAUUGUUUUUGAUAAACUUUUGAAUUGGGCUGGACAAGCUUACGAGGGAAGAUUUUUGAAUUAG